ACACGGCGGAGAGCGUGGUGAUCGUGGCGUCUCAGAAGCGCGCCCUGGGCGGGCGGGAGCUGCAGCUGCCCUCCAUGUCCGUGCUCACCUCCAAGACGUCCACGCAGCGCUUCUUCCUGCGGGUGCUGCAGGUCAUCAUCCAGCUGCGGGACGACACGCGCCGGGCUCACCGCAAGGCCAAGCCCCCCGGACGGCUGGGCGCCGGGGGCCUGGGGGCGGCCGGCAGCAUCCAGGCCGCCGUCCGGCAGCUGGAGGCCGAGGCCGACGCCAUCAUACAAAUGGUACGUGAGGGCCAGAGGGCCCGGAGGCGGCAGCGGGGAGACACG